AUGGCAUCCUUUCAAGAGUGUACCCUGCCUUGUGACUGGAGGCUCCUGAGGUUCCCUGUGCCCCAGCAGGACAUGAGGUGCAGCAAAUCAUCAUCCCCAGCACUUAUACAUGACCCAGGUUUUGUCCAGCCGGAAGAAGGACCAGGGCAAGACUUAUGUAUAGACAGAAACAGUGCAGACCUGGACUUGCAAGAUCUACCUCCUCCAGACCCUGUUCCCCUUUUAGAUCCCCAGGACAUCCUUGACCUUCCACUUCCCCCACCUCCAACUCCAGUUUUAGAACACUCUACUCCUCCACCUGACUGCUCUGCCAACUCUCCUCCACUUUCUGCCAUCAGCCCUGUAAGGCCCACCACUCUGGCACUCAAGACAUCACGCUGUACCACUGGCAACACGAAGAGUGGUGGAUCACCAGCCCAAGAACCAGAGGACAAGGAGAAGAAGAUAAUGGAGGAGGAGCUUAAGAAAUGUAUUGAGGAUUUCCGCAAGAUUAGAAUCCCUAAGCUCUUCCCAGAUCGCAAAAGGCACUGGCAGAGUGACCUCCUGAAGAAAUACAAUGCCUAAUUCAGAUGACUUCAGAUCCACACGUCAAACAAUGCAGUAGCUGGGCACCAAUAAAGCAGAGACUUGAUGGAAUGAACAUGCUUAUUCUGUCUGCAAAGUCUACUUAAGACAGGACCUCGUAUCCUCUCCAGAGCUGGCGCCAGCAGAGAAUUGAAGAGGAGGCGUUUAAAAUACCGAAAGAGGGUGAUAACAUAAUGCAAAGUAUUCUCAGCUAGACAAAACAUAUUUUUUGGGUUGUAAACAAGCAUGUCGCUACUACAACGUGACAAUAAAACCUACAGAGCGACAUACAGAUUGCAGAGCAUUAAAUCAUUCUACUACAUGAUAUAAAAGCAAAGUAGCCUUGACCUGUUCGAAAACUCGACUCAUGAGUUGCCAUGCUAGGUAUAAAUACACCUUAGAUACACCAUUUCAGCCAUUUUACCGUGAAUACAGUUACCAUGACAACACCACCACCACAAAAGCAAUUAAUUAUGCCUGCUUUACUAUUACACACACACCUAUUGUGACUGGUUUCUUUCUUCAUUUCUGACUGUCCAUGAUGAAGUGAUCUAAUGCAAUGUGACCUUGAAUUUAUGCAAUGUAUGUAUGUUUGUGCUUUUCAUGCUGCAGUAAGGUUAAGUGUUGGAGCAUGCUUAAUCAGACAACCAAUCAAAAUCUGAUUAAACAGUCCUUAAUUAAAAUAUUGCUCUUACUACAGAAUUGUAACCACACUAGAAAGCUGAUACACUUGGCAAAUGUGAUUUUUUUAAAUGGCCUACUUCAUCAUUAAAAUCCAGUGACAAUUCAUCUUGGCUGACAGAGUCUGUCCUGGUGUUGACCCUGAUCCUCUCCAUAAGCAUGUCAAUGACAGGAAGUCUGUAUGUGUUCAGGAUGGAGUGUACAUUAAUUAAACCAAGGUAGGUGACUUGAUCUGUUUAGUCUGUCAGGAUUAUUUUGAGAGGCAGUCUUGACUUAACAAACCUUUAAUACUGUUUUAAUUUUUGUCAAAUUCUAACUGUGAGUCAAACAAUAAACCUUUUUUCUUUCAAAAGAACAUAUUCUGAGUAAAGGGAAGGUGAAUGGGGAGCAGGGGUGAGCAGCUGACUAACUUUGAGCUGAUU